AUGAUCAAAACAAUUUGCAUACAACAACUACAAUUUAUUUUACUAUUCUUUACUGAAGUUGUACCACAAUUAUCAUCACCACAAACUAGCAAAUUUAAAUGCUUACCUAAUGGUUGCUGUGAUGAACAUCAAUGGUGUCGUUUUUGGGCAUCAAUUGGUGAAUGUACGGCAAAUCCGGACUGGAUGACCGGAAAUUGUCAGUUAGCAUGUAAUACGUGUAAUGCCGGCAUAAAAGAUGGCCAUUUAUCUAGUCCGAUCAGUAGUGUCGAUUGUAGCACGAUUAAUUCAACUGAUAAAAAUUUAGCCGAAAAUAUGAUUAGAAAUCAUCGCAUUAUAUCAGUUGAGGAUACAUCAAGCAGAAAAUUAUUAUCAAUUGAUGAUAUCACUAGAGCUGUUGGUACCGGAUGUGUACCAAAGCUUACUGAAACUGAUUGUGCUCGCUCAUUGUGUUAUCAUUUAAUGUAUCGAAGUUUUGAUGGUGUUUGCAAUAAUUUAGAAAAACCACUUCUUGGUGCAGCUUUUAGACCAUAUCUUAGGCAUUUACCAGCUGAAUAUGAUGAUAAGAUAUCAGAACCCGUUUCUUCAAUACGAAUUACACGUCCAACGGCACGUGAAGUUUCACGUGUUCUGUUAUCCAGUUCACAAAGUGUGCCACAUGAUAAAUAUAAUGCAUUAGUAAUGCAAUUUGGACAAUUCAUGUCACAUGAUAUUGCUAAAACAACCUUGCAGCCAUCAGCCAAAUGCAUAUCCUGUAAACCGGUACCAUCGAUUUGCAUGCCGAUACCAAUUUCCGUAAAAGAUAGCAACCAAGCCUUUAAGCAACGACAAUGCUUAAAAGUUUCACGGUCGUCACCGAUUUGUGGUACCGGUCGGAACGGAAUACCACGUGAACAGCUAAAUGAGAAUACAGCAUUUAUUGACGCUUCGCCGUUGUAUGGAUCAUCUCUGAAAGAUAUGCAUAAGUUCCGCCAAGCAAGGACCGGUUUCUUGCGAAUGAACAAGUUUAACAAUCAGAUGGUAUUACCUUUUGAUCAAUCAAAAUGUAGCUCACCACAAAAAUGUACGGCAACAUUUACAGCAGGUGAUAUUCGUGUUAAUUUAUUCAUUGGCUUAUCAUCUGUUCAUAUUUUAUUUACAAGAGAGCAUAACAGGAUAGCAACAAUUUUGCAAAAAUUGAAUCCAGAUUGGGCCGGUGACCGCUUAUUCCAGGAAACACGAAAAAUUGUUGGUGCUGAAAUACAAGUAAUAACUUAUAAUGAAUUUUUGCCCAAAAUUCUGGGCAAUACUAUGGAUAAACAUAUUGGCCCUUAUAAAGGCUAUAAUUCAAAAAUUGAUCCUACCGUAUCAAAUGUUUUUACCACUUCAGCUUAUCGAUUUGGACAUGGAAUGCUGCAGGAAUUUUAUCAACGAUUAGACUUUACCGGAAAUAAUAUUAGUCAUGGUGGAUUCCUGUUUGGUGAUGGUGUUUUCAAAUCAGGGAAAAUUUUAUUUGAAGGUGGAAUUGAUCCAAUUCUACGUGGUUUUAUGAUGACACCUGUAAAACGUCCUCAUCGUAUGAGUAAAUCAAUCACUGAAAAAAUGUUUGGAAGCACCGAUCUUGGAUCUGUCAAUAUUCAACGUGGACGUGAUCAUGGAUUACCAUCCUUUAAUAAAUGGCGACAUUUUUGUGGAAUGCCAUUAGCGAAUAAUUUUGAUGAUUUAAAAAAUGAAAUUUUAGAUAAAAAUAUACGUCUUGGUUUAUCAAAAACUUAUAAAACAGUUGAUGAUAUUGAUUUGUAUAUUGGUUCAAUGGUUGAAGAUCCAGUUAUUGGUGGUUUAGUUGGUACAACAUUAGCUUGUCUAAUUGGUGAUCAAUUUAAAAGAUUACGUGAUGGUGACAGGUUUUAUUACGAGAACCCCGGCAUUUUUACUUCAGCUCAAUUAGCCGAACUUCGAAAGGUCACAUUAGCUAGUAUUAUUUGCAAUAACGGUGAUCAAUUUGGUAGCGUUUCACAGGAUGCAUUUUUAAUACCACAAGGACGUUUGACGCAAUGCUCAGCAAUUUCACAAAUUGAUUUAACAAAAUGGCGCGAAUAA